UAUUGGUUUGGGGGCGUCCAUAACAAGGAUACAAUAUCGCCAGAAAACCCUAAUUUUUCAGCCUCAUUUUCUCUCUCUUCGCGCAACUCCUUGGAGGCGAUUUCAUGGGGCGAAAUACAGUGUAGCUAACUCCAUACACAACCUCCUCCACCACCGAUCUGGCAUACUAUUUUCGACUCUUAUUCCUCUCUCUUCUCGCAGUUCGGUUGAGGCGAUUUCAUUUGCGCCUCUCAUUUCUCUCUAUUCUCGCAGAUCGUGGUUGGUAGACCACAGAUCAAGCAUUUUUGUCUGCAAAUCGUUCAAAAACCCUACCAUUUUCAUCUCGGGCUUGCACGGAUCGAAGGUUUUCUCUGCAAAUCCAUUGGUUUUCCUCUCUUUUCUGUCUGUUAUCGGCUUCUGCGACGCGAAUCUGAAAGCCUAGCUCGGUGGUGAGCACAUCGAAGGUAUUUCUUUGGAAAUCUUGCAACAGCGACACCUAUUCGCGGUCAAAUGGAUGAUAUGGAUCCUCCUCCUUGUUUGUGAUUAUUAAUGUCAUAUAAUUUCAGGUCAAAUGGAUGAUAUGGAUCCUCCUCCUUUUAUGGGUGGUUUCCCGUACAAGUUUUCAAGUCAUCACCCGCUUAUUGCUCUCGACAUUCCUCCCGAUGAAGUAAAAUUGAUCCCAUGGAUUGCAAAGCGUGCGCUUGCCAUUCCAGCUGAAUCUGUUGAUGAACAUUCAGCUCAUCUCUUCGUCACGCAUGAAAAUUUGCGAAGGCUUUAUCAACUAGAUGUUGAGAAUAAAUAUGCCUUAUACGAGGAAGUCUCAAUCCCUCUUUCUAUCUGGCAGUUAAAAAAUGAGCCAGUAUAUGAGGCAACAUAUGAAAACUUGUCAGCCUGGAGAACAACAGAAGUCACCAAGGCUUUGGUCAAGGGUCUCUUAUCGUGCAUUAUGACAAUGCAUGAUAAGGGAUUUUGCUUGGGGGAAGAAUUAACUAGUGAUCAUGUUUGGAUGCUUGUUGAUUCUCCAGAGCUCUUGAUCAAGACUACAUCGAUCCAUGUUCUUCAUCCAAGUGAUGAUCUUAUAAGAGACUACAAAAGGUUUGGCCAAUUUGUUAGAUCAGUUAUAUUUGGAAGAUGCACAAUACCAGAGGACAUGGAUUCUUUUUUACUUCUUCUGGAGGACAAAAGAGUUGAUGAGAGCAAAUUGUACUUGCUAGAAAGGCAUGCUGCAGUUUCAAAUGCGCAACAAAGAAUAGAUUUCUUGAUGAGAGUGGUUACUGAGACGCGCGCACUAGAAAGGAUUGUUAGGAGUAGCUUCAUCAAUGAACUGAACAAAUGGGACUUUGGGUACAACAAACCUUGGCGCGAUUGUAUUCCUUUGAAUUCUGAUGCACAUAAUGUCUAUACAUUUGAAAAAAAGAAAAGAAACAGGCACCUAUGCAGAAUCCAAUUUGUCCCACUGUUGCUACAUGCUCAACUUCCGUCUGGACUCGUCUCUGUCUGAUUACAACAUCCAUUUGGGCAGGCCAAAAUUUGAGUCGUGAGGGUAUGGAAGCGGUGUUCAUUGACAAUGCCAUAUCGGUGAUGUUCCCACGUUCAAUAUCAAUGAUUCAGAAUGUUAUGAGGGAGAAGAAAGUUGUUAAGGCCUUCUUACUCUGACAUGACCUGUGCUGCCAAUCAAGUUCUGAACCUUUAUUGGUCAAAUGGAUGAUAUGGAUCCUCCUCCUUUUAUGGGUGGUUUCCCGUACAAGUUUUCAAGUCAUCACCCGCUUAUUGCUCUCGACAUUCCUCCCGAUGAAGUAAAAUUGAUCCCAUGGAUUGCAAAGCGUGCGCUUGCCAUUCCAGCUGAAUCUGUUGAUGAACAUUCAGCUCAUCUCUUCGUCACGCAUGAAAAUUUGCGAAGGCUUUAUCAACUAGAUGUUGAGAAUAAAUAUGCCUUAUACGAGGAAGUCUCAAUCCCUCUUUCUAUCUGGCAGUUAAAAAAUGAGCCAGUAUAUGAGGCAACAUAUGAAAACUUGUCAGCCUGGAGAACAACAGAAGUCACCAAGGCUUUGGUCAAGGGUCUCUUAUCGUGCAUUAUGACAAUGCAUGAUAAGGGAUUUUGCUUGGGGGAAGAAUUAACUAGUGAUCAUGUUUGGAUGCUUGUUGAUUCUCCAGAGCUCUUGAUCAAGACUACAUCGAUCCAUGUUCUUCAUCCAAGUGAUGAUCUUAUAAGAGACUACAAAAGGUUUGGCCAAUUUGUUAGAUCAGUUAUAUUUGGAAGAUGCACAAUACCAGAGGACAUGGAUUCUUUUUUACUUCCUCUGGAGGACAAAAGAGUUGAUGAGAGCAAAUUGUACUUGCUAGAAAGGCAUGCUGCAGUUUCAAAUGCGCAACAAAGAAUAGAUUUCUUGAUGAGAGUGGUUACUGAGACGCGCGCACUAGAAAGGAUUGUUAGGAGUAGCUUCAUCAAUGAACUGAACAAAUGGGACUUUGGGUACAACAAACCUUGGCGCGAUUGUAUUCCUUUGAAUUCUGAUGCACAUAAUGUCUAUACAUUUGAAAAAAAGAAAAGAAACAGGCACCUAUGCAGAAUCCAAUUUGUCCCACUGUUGCUACAUGCUCAACUUCCGUCUGCACUCGUCUCUGUCUGAUUACAACAUCCAUUUACAACAUCCAUUUGGGCAGGCCAAAAUUUGAGUCGUGAGGGUAUGGAAGCGGUGUUCAUUGACAAUGCCAUAUCGGUGAUGUUCCCACGUUCAAUAUCAAUGAUUCAGAAUGUUAUGAGGGAGAAGAAAGUUGUUAAGGCCUUCUUACUCUGACAUGACCUGUGCUGCCAAUCAAGUUCUGAACCUUUAUUGGGUAACUUGCACCGGACCUCCCCUGUGAUUUCAAAAAUCACUCUAGCCUCCCUGGAAAUGGAACUUCUUAGCACGGACCUCCCUUUUUAUUGAAUGACUAUCAAGUGGACCAAUGGAGGAGUGAAGAAGAACAAAAGCAAAGUGACUGAAAAAGCAGCAGCAAAGAAUCGAAAAGGAAGGAAGAGAAAUGCGUCUGAUAGCUGUGAGAAGUCUGCUAGCUCUCACAAAAUGCCGAAACGCGUUGCUUCCUGUAUGGAUUUCAAGGAGAAAUCUGUUCAUAUAUCUAAAAAGUCUUCAGUUACUGAAACAAAGAAGGACCAGUUGAUAGAUGAGGAGGCUGUAGCUGUAGGGAUGACUGCUGGUCAAGAUGAUGGUAGACUCACAGAUUUCAUCUUUCACUAUUCAAGUGGUCUCCAACAACCCUUUGAAAUGCUGGAAGUUGAUGUUUUUAUCUCUGGUCUCAUAUUGCCUCUUGAUGAAAAUGCUGACAAAGAAAAAGAAAAUGGUUUUAGAUGUGGAGGCUUUGGGAAUCCUGCAUUGAGGUAUACAAGAAACUUCAAAAUCUUCUGGAGGGAAGCCUGUCUUGAAUCUUGAUGAGUUGCUUGCUGGGGUUGUCCGUGCAAUGAGUGGAAACAGGUGCUUCUCAGGUGGAAUGUCUAUCAAGGAUUUUGUAGAGGAGUUUUUCAGGUUUAAUCAAAAUUGGGCCUAAAAGUGCCCUAGACUGAUAAUUAUCUUAUCAGAGGACCCCACAUUGUUGGCCAGGAGCGCCUUGAAGUGGGUAAAGGUGGAAAAGUAAGUGUAAGUGAUUCUUCAUGAGAACCUAUUCCCAAUCCAAGGAGGUUGAUACACAAAGAAUGAAUGAACUGUAUAAACUUUAUUUAACGUUUUGUUUGUGUGUCGACUAAUAAUAAUUGGUGGGGACCAAUGAUUACGAUGAUACAAUAA